AUGAAAGCAACGUUCGAUGAUUCUUCCUUUACCAAUGGUCCCACCUCCGAGUCACCCGAGACUGAAGUUUUUGUGGACCGACUCUUGCAGGUAUGUCUGCGUUAUCGUAGUGGCACAGGGAAGAAAGUCUAUGCACGGAAUAGCAAGAUGUCCGAGAUGAAAUCCGGUAGGAGUUCAGGAUCUAGGGCAAACAUGUUUAUAAACUCAUCAUUUUCAUCGAGAAUGAAGGACAUGAUUGGAAUUGUCCCCGGGUUGGUAGUUAUUCUUGUUGGAGAUAGGAAAGAUUCUACAACUUAUGGACGUAACAAAAAGAAAGCUUGUAACUUUGUGGGAAUUAAUUCGUAUGAUGUCCGGCUGGCUGAGGAUUCUGCCGAAGAAGAAUUUGUUAACCACAUUUCAAAGUUUAAUGAUGAUCCCUGUGUACAUGGAAUACUUGUUCAACUACCUUUGCCUCGUGUACUUGGAUUAACAACUGUCACCUUUUCAUCCAAGCAUGAUGUUAGCUGUUUUGCACCAAAUAUCAAUGUACCUUCUCAAUUCAUGAGCAAUUUAAUAGAUGAUAGUUCUUCAAGUGAGCUUCUAGAAGGAACUCAGAUUCAAGAUCUGCAUAAUCUAUUGGAAAUUAAAUUAGUUGACUUCCGGUUUCAUAUUCAUCCCUCGGAUUUGAAUUAUGCCACUUUUGGCCUUUGGGUUGGAAGGAAGUGGCAAGAAAGGACCAUGCAUGAAAAGUGGAAGGUGCGUAGUACACCCAUCAUAAGUUGGGUUACGCCUGGCAUAUAA